AUGGGUUCCAUCGCCGUUGAGAAGAAGACAAGGGGAUACCAGGGAGGAGCCCUUGAUGGAAAAGUCGCCCUGGUCACGGGAUCUGGUCGAGGUAUCGGAAAAGGAAUUGCUUUGGAGUUCGCACAACGGGGGGCAUCAGUUGUGAUUAACUACAACAACAACUCGAAAGGUGCUGAGGCGCUUGUUGCUGAGAUCGAAGCUACAGGAAGCAAAGCUUUUGCAAUCAAGGCCGAUGUGACUAAGGUAGCCGAGGUGAAGCGUCUCUUCCAAGAGGCUGUUGACCACUUUGGACAUGUCGACAUCGUGAUGUCUAACUCUGGUACCGAGAGCUUCAAGCCAGAGUUAGAAAUCACAGAGGAGGAUUACGACAAGGUCUUCAACCUCAACACCAAGGCACAGUUUUUCGUUGCUCAACAAGCAUACAAGCACCUCGAACAUGGAGGAAGAAUCAUUUUGAUGUCGUCAGUUGCUGCAACCAUGACAGGUGUCACAAAUCAUGCUUUAUACGCCGGAAGUAAGGCCGCUGUCGAAGGCUUCACCCGAAGCUUUUCAGCAGAUUGUGGCCACAAGGGCAUCACUGUCAACGCCAUUGCACCAGGAGGAGUCAAGAGUGAUAUGUUCGAGCAAAAUGCUUGGCACUACGCUCCUGGAGCUACUCCCAGCUGGCCAAUUGAGGCUAUUGAGCAAGGAAUUGCAGCCCUUUGCCCUUUAAAGAGAGUCGCAGUUCCACAAGACAUUGCAAGAGUAGUUGCUUUCUUGGCAAGCCGUGAGAGCGAAUGGAUCAAUGGUCAAAUAAUCAAACUGAGUGGAGGUUCCAUUGCAUAG